UGAGAAUUCCUACCGAUACUUUGCAUCGUUUUGUGCCCGUGUUUGGAAUGAGCCUCGGCGAGCGGAUCGCGCUGUCUUCGCUGUCCAGGGUCCUGUCUCUCCAUCCCGUCCUGCUGCUCCGCUUUGUCCUCGCCCUGCGAUCAGGCAACUUUUAGAACAAAAACAUGGAGCUGCGUGUUGGGAAUAAAUACCGCCUUGGGCGGAAAAUUGGAAGUGGAUCUUUCGGGGACAUCUAUCUUGGUGCAAAUAUUACAUCAGGAGAGGAGGUGGCCAUUAAACUGGAGAGCGUAAAGACUAAGCAUCCUCAGCUUCAUAUAGAGAGUAAAUUCUACAAGAUGAUGCAGGGAGGAGUGGGAAUUCCAUCAAUCAAGUGGUGUGGUGCUGAGGGUGACUACAACGUAAUGGUGAUGGAGCUACUUGGUCCAAGUCUGGAGGAUCUGUUUAACUUCUGCUCAAGGAAAUUCAGUCUGAAGACGGUGCUGCUCCUUGCGGACCAGAUGAUCAGCCGCAUUGAGUACAUCCACUCCAAGAACUUCAUUCACAGAGACAUCAAGCCUGAUAACUUCUUGAUGGGACUCGGCAAGAAGGGCAACCUGGUCUACAUCAUAGACUUUGGCCUGGCCAAGAAGUACCGGGAUGCCCGCACACAUCAGCACAUUCCCUACCGGGAGAACAAGAACCUGACUGGCACUGCUCGAUACGCCUCCAUUAACACACAUCUGGGCAUUGAGCAGUCUCGGCGGGAUGACCUGGAGUCUCUUGGCUAUGUGCUCAUGUACUUUAACCUGGGUUCGCUGCCUUGGCAGGGCCUGAAGGCUGCCACAAAACGACAAAAGUAUGAGCGGAUCAGUGAGAAAAAGAUGUCAACUCCUAUUGAGGUUCUUUGUAAGGGCUAUCCAUCGGAAUUCUCCACGUACAUGAACUUCUGCCGCUCACUGCGAUUUGAUGACAAGCCCGAUUACUCGUACCUGAGACAGCUGUUCAGAAAUCUGUUUCACCGACAGGGCUUCUCUUAUGACUAUGUGUUUGACUGGAACAUGUUGAAAUUUGGAUCGAGCAGGACAGCAGAGGAGAAAGAAAAGGAGCAAAGAGGAGGUGAGGGAGAAGAAAGAGAUGAGAGGACCGGUGGAGGACCUCAGGGCUCCGCUGCACGUGCGAUGCCCUCCGGCCCGAACCUUCCAGCUUCUAACAGAGUUCGAAAUGGUCCAGACCCGGCCAGCUCGGCACCUGCUCCUCGUGUCCCACAGUCCGGAAAUGCAUCUCCCAGAGCAGGACGCGGGGCUGAGCGGGAGAGAAGAGUGUGCCUGCGGCUCCACCGGGGGGCUCCUGCCAAUGCCUCCCCCGAUCUCCCACUGCGCCACGAUCAGAUCCGCAUCACCCCCCCACAGGUCAGCGUGCCGUUUGAGCACAUGGGGAAAUGAGCUUCUGUCAUUUAUUCUUUUUUAGGAGGGAUUUCAACAAGCAACCCCCUAAGGCAUUUUUAUUCAUCUUUCUAUAUAAGUCAGUUGUGCAAUGAAACAGAAGUUGGAGAGUGGCUAAAAGUACGUAACCUCAAAGAGUUCACAACACAACUGCUCUGAAGUGCUGAAGUUUACUGGAUAUCUGGAUUAUGAGGCACAGUCGAUGAAAAGAAAUGAUUCAACUAUGGACAACAGAAAUUUGAAUCACAAGCCACAGACAGAGAUAUGAAUACUGGAAAACUUUUGAUCACAAUUUGACUGUUAUUCCUAUGUGGUCCGAUAUACUGAUGUGGGGAAACGUGGAAUAACUUCUUGGAUUGUAACGUUAAAAUUGAUUGUUUAUUAAGUGUGAGUCCAAAUAAAUGUAACGCUUGCACACUUACUCCAAUGCAAACAAAGGUGUUAUAUGUUGUCAUACACACUGAUGUAGUUGGUAUAGUGGAAAACAUCUUAUGUUCGAACAUCUCAACAUCAGUAAGAUUUCACUGAGAGUAAAGAUUGGACUAACUGCACAAUGACACAAUUAAAACCUGCAUUUGUAUAGCAUGGACAACAAUGGAAUUACCCAAGAUGUUAACCAGACCAGUUACUUUUAAACAACCCAAAGUCUAAGAGACAACUGAAGCAUUAAUACUGGCCUAUGUACAUUUAUGUUCAUGUAAAAUCCUUAGAAAUUCAUGGAAUAUAGGACUAAGAUUGAAUCUAGUUCUGUACUGGCAUGUUUGGCCAUGGUACACUAUUUUAUAAAUAAAUGGAUAUGUCUAAUAAAGUUAUACACAGCUAAA